AUUUCCACGACAGAGAAGAAGCUCAUAACAAUAACAACACACAUUUUAACGUUAAAUACAAUACGACGCAGCCCUCGGCGGCUCUUCCAGCGUCGGUUACUGUGCUUUGUAAACGUUAACCUCCUGAACUCGGUCGCUCGUAAACUUGUGCUGGGAUGCUCGGUUAACUUAGCUCAAGGCGUCAUUAGGUAGUCUGCAGACUUCAUGCUUAACGACGAGUACACACUAGUUAACGGUUAACGUUACAUAACGGUGUCUACGUGUCGUCGCCAUGGGAGACAAGGAGCUGAGUCUUAUUGACAAGAAUAUAAUAAGUUUGCUCGAUGUCCCCCUGAGUCCCACUGUCACAUCACUCAAUCUGCACUGCAAUCACAUCCCGGGGAUCGAGGGCCUGACGUCAGCGUGGCACCUGCGUCACUUGGACCUUUCCUCCAAUUGCAUUUCUAAGAUCGAGGGUCUAAGUUCCCUCACUUUCUUGAGGACUUUAAAUCUAUCCUGUAACUCAAUCACCAAGGUUGAAGGACUGAAUGGCCUUGUGAACUUAACAAGAUUAAACUUAUCCUACAAUCAGAUAAACAGCCUCACUGGCUUGUUGUACCUUCAUGGCACAGACUACAAGCUGAAGCACCUCAGUCUCCAUGGCAACCACCUGGACAACAUCGAUCACCUCCUGCAGUGCUUGCUUGGAUUGCAACGUUUAAGAGAGGUCACUUUGAGUCAGGAUGGCGGAGACAACGCUGUCUGCCGGUCACCAGGUUACAGAGAGAUUGUUAUUCAGUCGUUGCCACAGAUCUCUGCUCUCGAUGGUCUGGACCGGCUGGGUAAUCCAUCACAUCUAGGUCCAGGGAGUCCCUGUGAUAUCCCCGGUCUGGAGGAUUAUGUGGACCUCCUGCUGUCCUCGGAUACCAGUCCCAAUGAAGUGACCAGAGAAGAUGUCGCUCUCACCACACCCCGCAUCGAUGAGGUGCUGACCCAGUUCCGUCAGCGGAUUUCCUCCAAAGCGAUCACCGAUCCAGCCGCACAGGUCCGCUCCACUGGGGCCAGUCCAGCAGACCCAGUUAAUGAACACCGCAUCAGAAAACUGGAGCACCAGGUGUCCCAGCUCAUCCAGAAGGCUCCUGUUGGUGACGAAUCCAGUUGCCCUACUCACUCUGUGGCAGUGGUACGGAAAGCCAAGAGGGACACUGACCGCACGUCAGAGAGUGAGUGUGACAGCGGGAAGGAAAACCGGAGGCGCACCAGGAUCCCCAAACAUCGUAACACCAUCACAUCGAGGGCGACCAAGAUCAAGGGCCCGAAAUCUGACAGCGAUCAGGAGAAUCCUAAACAGAGGAGUUCAAAGUGUGCUGAGGGGCACAGGAGGCAGACUGGCGGCCCAGGGGGUGCAGCCUCAGCGGGGAUGAUGAGGAGAGGACCUGUGAGAGCUGCUGAGGCCUCAGGCAGCAAGAAAACCAAGUCGACUGAGGAGGAAACCUACAGGACGAUUGUGGAAGAGCGAGAUCAGGAAAGGGAGAGGCGUUGGAAGGCUGAGCAGGCUGUGAGGAAACUAACAGAGGAUCUAAAGUGCCUGCAGACAAAGGUCGGGGAGGAGAAAGACCUCCAGAGCAUGGCCCUGCACACCACCGACCGACUGAAAGAACUGUUGCUGAGGGAGCGGUCGGGCCGCUCUGACCUGCAGACUCGUGGAGAGGAGCUGGAGGGGAGGUGUCAGUCCCUAACCCAGCAGCUGGAACAGGCCCGCAGCAAUGGCGAUCAACACAAGACUGCACUGCGCAGGCUGGAGGAAAGCAUCUCCCAUGAAGAGGCACGCAGAGCCCGCCAGCAGGCUGAGGAGAUGAAGCGCCUCCAGGAGCUGGAGAACAAGGCAGGAGCUCUGAGGAGAGAGUCGGACAUCCAGAGAGCCUCAGUGCGUCAGUACAAAGACAAAAUGCAGCAGCUGCAUGAACUGCUGGCAUCCAGGGAACAAGAGCACAGGAAACAGCUGGAUUUACGGUUGCAGCCUGGCGGGGCAGAUUUCAGAGAGGCAGUGGCGAAAGAAGUUGCAUCAGUGGACCAGAGACACGGCCACAAGGAGGUGGAGCUGCAGGAGAAACUGGCAGAGGGCAGGAAACAGUACGCUGCUCUGGAGGACGAGUUCCGCAUGGCGCUUACCAUCGAGGCUGCUCGCUUCUCUGAGGUGAAGGAGGUUUGUGAUCAGAUGGCUGCAGAGCUGUUGGGGCUCAAGGCGAGCCUCGACCAGACCCAACAGAGGGAGAAGAAAUCCGGGUCCCUGGUGCAGGAGCUCACAGCCAUGGUCAAAGAACAGAAGUCCCGCAUCACUGAUCUCAUCAAAGCCAAGAGAGAUGCUGUCACUGAUCUCAAGAACCGUCUGCAUUCUUUGGAAACAGAGGUGGCGCAGGAUCGGCGUCUCGGUCUGCAGCUCGAGUUGCUCAAGAAGGACAAGGCUCGACUGUUGUCCCAGCUGACAGCGCAGGAAUCGGUGAUCGAUGGCCUCAGGACAGAGAGGAGGAUCUGGGGCCAGGAGCUCGCUCAGCAAGGAUCGUCCUUGGCGCAGGAUCGUGGACGUCUGGAGGGAAGGAUAGAGCUGCUGGCCGCUGAGCUGGAGACGCAGAAGAAACAGAAUGAGAGGGACAACGAUGCCCUAAAAAUCAAAACCAAGAUCAUCGAUGACCAGACCGAGACCAUCCGCAAACUCAAAGAGACCCUGCAGGAGCGUGAUGAUCAGCUCCGUAGGCUGAAGGAGGAGGCGGUCAAGGCCCAGAAGGCAUCCCAGCAGCAGCUGGAAGGGGAAACGACUCAGCAGGCAGAGCUGAGGGACCGGCUGGAGCAUCUGAUCCUGCGCAAGGAGGAGCUGAAGCAGCAGCUGGAGGACAAGGAGGCAGAGCUAGAGGAGAUCAAAAGAGUUUACAGUGAUUCCAGAAAGAAGUGGCAGGCGAAGGCAGACCUGCUGACUCGGCUGGAGAACCAGGUGAAGCGCAUGAAGGAAAACUUUGAUUCCAAGGAACGUUUGCUGCUGGAGGAACGAGAUAAAGCAACAGAAGCGCACAAAGCUGCAGUAGAGAAGUUCCACUCUGUGGAUGAUGCAUUUCGUCGGCAGCUAGAAUCUGGCGAGGCUACCCAUCAAGCUGAGUUGCUUAAACUGGCGAAUGAGAAGCAGAAACAGAUUGAACGAGCCAAUCAGAAGGUGUUUGACGUGGAGGAGGAGAUGCGUCAGCUAUUGGAGGAGACGGAAAUCAACAAGAGAAUCACGGAAGAGAAAAUGAAACGUCUCACAAGUGUACUAAGAGACUUUUAACAAAUUAAAUAUGACUUUGCAUCUAUGGCAAUGUAUGAAUUUAAAUUAGAAUCUCAUUUUUUUUAAUGAAUAAAUGUACCCGUUUGUAAACAUGUUUUAUGUUAAGUUAUUGUUGUAUUUUAGUACAUCACGAUUUUAUCUAAUAAAUGCACUCUUGAGCAUCAGAA